AUGCAAAACUUUAAGGAUGUUAGUGAUUAUAAUGGCAUUAUACUAGCAGUAGCGGCAAAUCACGGAGGUCGGACACAUGAUGCUAGAGUUUACAACUCGUCUCGGUUAUCGAGGCACAUGUUGAACCAGUAUGAAAAUGGAAGGAGAAAUGUAUGGUUGUUAGGAGAUUCUGGCUAUCCAUUAUUGCCAUAUUUAAUGACUCCAAAACUAAAUCGACCACCAGGAUCUCCAGGUGCAUCAUAUACAGAUGCUCACGCUGUAGCACGAAGCUCCAUAAAGAGAACAAUAGGAGUACGGAAAGGACGCUGGAGAUGUUUGCGUAAAGAAAGAGGUUUACAUUAUUCACCAGAAUUUGCAGCACUUAUAGUAAAUGCUACUUGCGUAUUGCAUAAUAUUGCUAAACAUUAUAAUGUUCCGGAUGUUGAAAUAUACAGAGAAGAUGAGCAAGAAAAUAUUGAAGCAGAAGACAAUAUGCGUGCAGAUAUGCGUGCAAGAGGAAAUAUAGUGCGAGAAACAAUAAUUGAAAGAUAUUUUACAUAG